UCAGACAGACACAGUAAACCUACUUCCUUUUUUAUACAACACGCAGAAUUUCUUCUGGGACUAGAGCCUGUUCACAUCUGAGCCAAUUCCCUUAAACCAUGGCUAAACAUGCGAUUGCAGUAAAGGAGAUCCCAUGUUCCACACCUGAUGAAAACCAGUUUGUGUGUGGUUACCCCACUAACAUCUGCGAUAAUACUCCAGGAAACAAAUACCUCUGCUGUAAUUGCCACAACGUCCUGAAAAAGGCCCAGCAGACGCUGUGCGGACACAGAUACUGUGCACCCUGCCUCUCAUGGCUAGUGAGACAUCACAAAAGGCCAAUUUGUCUAAAGUGCUUACAAGAAGACAAAACCUUGAUAGGGGAUGACAGCUUGAUAAAAGAAGAGCAGGCGUUCAGUGAUGCUGCUAUCAAUAAGGAAAUCUCGGAGCUAAAAGUUCACUGUGUGACCCCUGGCUGCAGCUGGAGCGGUGUUAUGAAAGACUAUGAUCAGAAUUACAACUCCGGUGAAUCUAGUGGGAAGGAAAGCUGUCGUUAUUCGGAAGUCGGCUGCUCCUAUCAAGGAAACAGAGACAGGCUAAAGGAGCACGAACAUUCUUCCACUGCUGCACACCUGGGUAUGAUACUCCCUUUUGUAUCACAAAUAAAACCUCGUUUAUCCAAUGGGGAACCCACUGCAAACGGCUUCCACAAGAGGCCUCCGGAGAAGAGCUAUAUGGGGCUGUGUAUUGGGGAAUAUGAAGAGCUUGACAGUGACUGUAAUGAUGAAGCGCCUCUAUAUAACGGUCCCAUGACACCAGGCCUCAUGAGUAGAGUGGAUGAGCUGGAAUCUCGCAUGCAGGUGUUUGAGAACAUCAUAUCUGUGCUGAACCGAGAGAUGGACAACACCUCUGCACAGUUAGCGGUUGUCCAGGAGCAGAAGGCUGCGGAGCAGAGGAAGGUGAAAUCCCUGGAACAGAAGGUUACAAGUCUGGAGUGCUCUUUGGCUAUCAAAGAAAUUGCUUACAAUGAGCUCCUUAAUCGCCAGCAAUACCUCGAGCAGACGUCAUAUGAUGGAAUAUUUCUAUGGAGAAUCUCAGAGGUGAAGAUGAAGUGCCAUGAUGCGCUGACAGGAAAGGCGAUCAGUCUGUACUCACCAGCCUUCUUCACCGCACGCUAUGGCUAUAAAGUGUGUCUGAGGAUUUACUUAAACGGAGAUGGAGCAGGAAAAGGCUCACACGUCUCCCUCUUCUUCACUGUCAUGAGAGGAGAUUAUGACAACCUGCUCCCCUGGCCAUUUAAGCACAAGGUAACGUUUAUGCUUCUUGAUCAGAGCAAUCGAGAGCAUGUAAUAGAUGCUUUCCGACCAGACAUUGUAUCUGCCUCAUUCCAGAGGCCAGUAAGCGAAAUGAACGUCGCCAGCGGCUGCCCAUUGUUCUGCCCAAUCACCAAACUGGUAUCUCACAAACACAAUUAUAUCAAAGAUGACACCAUGUUUAUCAGGUGCAUCAUAGACACCAUUUCCUAGGAAUGUCAGAUGCCAUCUGACAAAAAGACUGAUACAAAGGAAAAUGCUUUGGGUUUAUGAAAAUGGAAAUUACUGGCAUUUUGAUGCUGACUUGUCACUGCGGCAAUGUGUAUGUUGGCUGAACCGGAUCACAAUUAGCACUACUGUCUUGUGCCCCUUUAUAUUUUGUCAUAAGCAGGAGCACUUAGAUCUUAGGGUAACACAUUAAUUAUUGUUAAAUAAUAUUAUUUAUAAUAUAUUUGAUAUUUAUAUUUAUUUUUUUGUUUAAAAAUUGAUUUAUUGUUAUACACCAUAACCAUAUAGUAGAUAAUAUAAAAUCCUAAAAAAAAAAAGUUUUCUGUUUAAACUCAGAAAAUUAACAAACAGUCACAUAGAUUACGAGUUUUGCGUUAGAGGCUGUGCGGUGCUAAAGAGCAGUUUAUGCUCACCGCUCACUUACAGACAGCGCUGGUAUUACGGGUUUUUACAAACCCGGUGUUAACCGCAAAAAAGUGAGCGAAGAGCAAAAUUUUGCUCCACAUCUCACCUCAAUACCAGUGCUGCUUAUGUUAGCGGUGAGCUGGCUAAACGUGCUAUUGCACGAUUUCCCCAUAGGAAUCAAUGGGGGAGACCCGGCUGAAAAAAAACCUAACACCUACAAAAAAGCAGCGUAAAGCUCCUAACGCAGACCCAUUGAUUCCUACGGGGAAAUAAAAUUUAUGCCUAUACCUAACACCCUAACAUGACCCCCGAGUAUAAACACCCCUAAUCUUACACUUAUUAACGCCUAAUCUGCAGCCCCCGACAUCACCGACACCUACACUAUAUUAUUAACCCCUAAUCUGCCGCUCCGGACACCGCCGCCACCUACAUUAUACUUAUGAACCCCUAAGCUGCUGCCCCCAACAUCGCCGACACCUACAUUAUAUUUAUUAACCCCUAAUCUGCCGCCCCCAAUGUCACCGCCACCUACCUACACUUAUUAACCCCUAAUCUGCCGCCCCCAACGUUGCCGCCACUAUAAUAAAGUUAUUAACCCCUAAACCUAAGUCUAACCCUAAGCCUAACACCCCCUAACUUAAAUAUAAUUUAAAUAAAUAUAAAUAAAAUUACUAUCAUUAACUAAAUUAUUCCUAUUUAAAACUAAAUACUUACCUAUAAAAUAAACCC